AGGUACAUGUAGUGGGCGUCUUGUCAGUUUUAUUCCAAGACAAGAGUAAUUCACUGAACAAGGAACAAAUCAGUCCAGAGAAUAGGAAUAAUGAUUUGAAUUAAUUAUUUAUAGUGUAACAUCAUGAUUGCCAAUGAGUGAUGGAUGACCGUCCAGAAACAUAGACAUGUAGUUAUCAUUUUAUAGUUAUUCGUCACUGUACGACAAACAAGGUUAAAGUAUUGUCCGCCUUGGGAUUUCCGACACACUACAAUGGGAAGAAAAUAUCAGUUUCUAAUAUGAAAAUUCAAUUCUGAAAAAUGACGAAUUUUGAAUGUGGAUAAGAUAUAUACUUUACCCGUAUUUAAAGUGAAUAUUUUCGUAUUUUCAUAUGAUUCAGACUUGUUAUGGCCACUAAGUGGACAUUAGUAGUGGUGUUUACAAUAUUAACUAUUGAUAUCACAUAUUCCCGCCAUCUUUCUCAUUUACGAAGGACUCAAAACGGAAAUGCUAAUUCUCUUGAUUCUAGGAGUAGAACCAAUUCAAAUGGGAACUCUCGGAGAGGGAAUAUAAUUUCACAGAAUGCAAGACCAGAAACAACAGGAACAACACGAUCGACUCAAAGCGAUUCUCGCCGUAAUAGUAUUCGAAACAGUAUUUCGGCAGCUGAACGACAAGCCACGCGGCCAGUUCCAAAAAGAGAUGUUGAUAAGACAAUGGAUGGUUUGGGAUCUAUUGGAAAUAUGUUGCCUUCGCCGAUAAACCAGUUCAUUAAAGAUCUUCGAUCGAACAUGCCAAAUUUAAGUGUUGGCAUUGGUGCGAGUUUUGGCAAGCGAGGACAGACAAGAGAGCCCGAACGGCAAAGUAGGAGACAACAAAAUUUCGAUAGGCGUCAAGAUUUAAGUGAAAGGCGACCUAGAAAGACAAUGAACAGUUUAAGAUCUAGGACACCAGAUCCACUUAUAGAUCUUAGAGACCCGUUUCCGGUUGAGAAUAGAAAUACAAGACAGUUUAUUGAUAAAGUAGAGCCUCGAUUUGACAAUAAUAGGAAUCGAUUACCUGACUUUACAAGUGGAUUUGGUUUAGAUAAUCAACAAAGUGAUCCAUGGACACAAUCUGGAAAUUUUAUGGACAGAUUUGCUCCGGAACCGACAUUUCUGUUAUCCGGAGGAAAACAACCAGCCGCGCCAUCAUCAAUAUCAUCUCCAACAAAUUCAAAUUCACUGAACAGAAUAACACAAGAUCAGAGUCUAAAUUCUAAUAGAGGAAUGUUACCGAAUAAUAAUAAUCAGUUAGUGGCAUCUCCAAAUGUAAUGACUAACAAUCAAGGUCAAGGUAAUCAGGGAGUACGACAAGGUCAAGUGGUGACAGGUCAAAAUGCAAUGACAAAUAAUCAGGUUCAAGGUAAUCAGGGUCAACUGGUGACAGGUCAAAACACAAUGACAAAUAAUCAAGGUCAAGGUAAUCAGGAGAUACUACAAGGUCAAGUGGUUUCAGGUCAAAAUGCAAUGACAAAUAAUAUGCAAAUGCAAGGAAUGAUGACGAACAAUAGAAAUAAUUUACUUCAAGGUCAAAACUUGAUAAAUAACAUGCCACAACAAACUGCAGGACAAACUCUCAGUCAGGGUUCAAAUCUACAAGGUAGCACGCAAAAUAUGAAUCAGAUGGUUAACCAACAAAAUCAAGUCCCAAUGGUGCAGAACUCACCCGUUAAUCAGAUGGUGUCACAGCAGAACCAAAACAAUUUACCCGGAAUGCAACAGCAGCAAUUACAAAGUCAAAGUAAUGUAUUAACACCAUCACAGAAUAACAUGAAUAUGGCCUCACCUGUAAAUACUAUUCUUAGUCAAGGACAGAUUCAACAAAAUAGUGGCGGGCAAAUAGUUACCGGUCUAAAUGCGCAGAAUCUGAAUCAGAUUCAGGGUCAAAACACAAUCCAGAGCAAUAACCAAUUACAACAGGGACAAUUGCAGCAACAGCAGAAUCAACAGGCUAAUAAUCAAAACCAAGAUCAAAACCAACAAACAACGUUACUUACAUCCCUUCUGCAACAAUUACUUGUUCAACUUAACGACGGACAGAGUGGUAGUAAUACUAUUAAUUCAGUGCCACGUAAAACUCUCAACCUGCAACCAACCAUGAAUCAACUACCGAACAGAGGACAGUCGAUGUCUAAUAGUCCAGUACUUGGACAGAAUGUACUACAAUCUAACAUUUUACCAAAUCAGCAAAUGAGUCUGACACAAAAUCAACAACAGAACAAUCAACAAAACACUCAGACCUUAAUUCAACAACUUUUACAACAGAACCAACAGAAAACACAACAGUCUUUACAGCAACAACUAAUACAACCAUCAUUGCAACAGCAGUUGAUACAACCACCGUUGCAACAACAAUUGCAGCAGCAACAGCUACAACAACAACUUCAGCAACAAUUACAACAACAACAACUGCAAAAUCAACUGCAACAACAAUUGCAACAACAAAAACUACAAGAAAAAUUGCAACAACAACUCCAACAACAAAAAGUACAAGAAAAACUGCAGCAACAACUGAAACAACAAAAAUUACAAGAACAACUGCAACAACAACUGCAACAGCAAAAACUACAAGAAAAACUGCAGCAACAAUUGCAACAACAAAAUCUACAACAACAGCAACAGCAACAACAGCAGAUUAUUCAGCAAAAUAAUUUACUUCUCGGACUGAAUGCCAAAAACAAUGUUCAACCUUUACAACAACAACAACAACAACAACAAGCUAUUUUAAAUAAUCAACAAGUUGUUGGUCAGAAUGCUCAAUCUCAAAGCAAUUCAAUCUUACAAGCCUUGCUUGGCAUACAAGGUUCACCCCCAAUGACAAGUAUGCCUGCGAGUACACAAAGACAACACCAAUCUAACACAAACAGUGUUAUACCUGGAAACAAUAAUCUGAUUGGAAAUACUGGGACUCUCCAAGCCAAUCCAGUAACAAAUAAUUUGCUUCAGCAGCUCGGAUUAAACGGAAAUAAUCUUAAUCAAUUAAAUCAAUUAAAUCAAGGAACAAAUAUAGUGUCUAAUACUGUAACAAAACAACAAACUCUACCACAACAACAAAUAGUACAACAACAAACUCUACCUCAACCGACACCAGCUACGCCUUUUCAAGGAAAUCAAGCAACCAUUAAUUUACUUAAACAGCUUGGAUUGACCAGUAAUCUUCAGCUUACUAACCUGUUAAACCAAGGAACACAACAAAAACAGACGCUUAAUACAAACCAACAAGUUCUACCAUCAGUUCAACAAUCACAGGCUGUGUCCACAAACCAGCAAAUUCAACCAUCAAUUCAACAAACACAGGCUGUACCUACAAACCAGAUAAUGCAACCAGUAAACCAGCUAAUGCAACAAUCGAACCAGCAGACACAGGCUGUGUCCACAAACCAGCAGCCCCUGGCUGUGUCUACAAACCAGCAAACGCAACCAUUAAACCUUCAAUUGCAACAAUUGAACCAGCAAAUGGAACAAUUAAAACAGCAAAUUCAACAAGCAAAUCAACAAACACAAGCCGAAUCUACCAACCAGCAAAUGCAACCAGUAAACCAGCAAAUACAACCAUUGAACCAACAAACACAGGUCGUGACAACAAACCAGCAGCAAAUACAACCAGUAAAACAACAAACACAGACCGUACCACAAAAUCAGCAAAUGCAACCAUCGAACCCACUUACACAAGCCGUAUCUACAAACCAGCAAAUCCAACAAGUAAACCAACAGAUGCUACCAUUGAAUCAGACCUUAUCUACAAACCCACCAAAUCCCAUGGAAGCAUUGGUUAGUCAACAACUUUUAGCACGAAUUCUCGGUCAACAAGGAAUAGGAACAAUGGUCAUACCUACUCUAAACCCUAUUCCACCAAUGGCAGCAGGGGAAAUAGAAAUAGCUCCACCAAUCACGUUGCCUACGACUGUCAGUCCGUUAAGCAUAAUAAACAAAACAUCACAAGGGUUCGAUUUACCCUUACAGAGACAACAACAAGAUCAACAGCUCAUUUUAGCCAAUAACCUCCCUUUAGAGGUUUCGGGUAACUUUAGUCUUUCUCCCGCCGAGACAGGAGUUACCCAGGCAAAAACUUCAUUUAUGCAGGAUUCGACUGUAGCAUCUACAACUGUAGCAUCUACAACUGUAACAACAAAAGACAACUUAGUAAUAAGACUAAAUCAAACAUCAAAAGGUAUUCGAUUAAUUCCAGACGGAAGGGGUGGGGUACGAAUAAUCAAUUUAAGAGCGGCAGUGAGUACAGAGACACCAUGGAUAGAAAGCGGGACAAGUAAUUCAACAGUCUUAACUGAGGCCGAACCCCUUCACAGAUUGGCAUUGCUUAAUCCCACCAACGAAACCUUACGGAAAUUAGAAAUAACAGAUAGACUUAACACUACCGAUAUACCGGAAGAAAUAGAACUCCCAAAUGGUACAAGCCUAGAUGGACCAGGUCCAACUCCGGCUAUGAAUUCAGUAUAUAGAGGUAAACCUACUACCCUAACACCUACAGUAUCAGUUACCAUAAAACCUACAACACCUACUACCAUAAAACCUGCAGCACCCACUACUGUUGAACCGGAAGAAACAACAAUUCCAAUAGACUUUAGCGAAUAUGAUAUUGAACCUGAGGAAGGGAUGUCUACCACUAGUAGCGAGGUCGAACCGACUACUACUAGUACCACAAUUGCACUGAAAGCAACAACGCGUUUAAAUAAUUCAACAUCUACCUCAGUGGGACCUACAUCUGUUAUUACAGUGAAACCUAAAACCAUAACAACUACUACAGCGACAAUUGUAACAGUAAAACCUACUACUAUAGAAAGAACAACACCCAAACCAACAACCAUAAUUAAAACAACGGUUCGACCAACUACCAUAAAAACAGUAACGAUUCGACCAACAACUUUAAAACCACCAACAACGCAAUUCAUACCAAUAACUACUCCACAAACAUUUAUACAAUCUGCGUUGGGUUGGUUGUCUCCCUUCUCUACUACACCUGCAUCUGACAUUAUAGCAUAUGGUGGUUUCUUAAACAUGGUGGAUCCAUAUAUGCAAACAAAGGCACACGAGCCUGCUUUAUACGAUAUUUUGAAUGAAGUUAUGCUAGGUAAAUUAAAAGGAAUGAAAUGAUGUUGUCACGUGCCAAUUCGUCGGGGUAACAACCAGCUGAAAGUGGAAUAAUACAUUUUUAAUGAGUAUAUAAUAUGAAAGAACAUUAAAUACGUAAUACCUAAAUUUUUAAAUUAGUAAUGUAUUCAUCUAUAGGUACUGUAACCCGAAUAAUACAUUCGUUAAUUCCGCACUCGUCACUUCUCGGUCGAUACCGUUACUAGCGGAUUCAUCCGAGGAUUGCCGAUUGGUUAAUUCAACUGCUCUACGAUGGUACAAGUUGGAGAGUCAAAAACGGAGAGGGACUGAAUUAUUCGGGUUAUUAGGAAAAGUGAAUUUAUAUGAUAGAAUAAUGAAAGUAUACAACGUGACUAGUGCAGUUUAUUUAUAUGUAAAUAUCUGUUAUAAGAUACUAGUAGAUAAUGUGGUUCAAGCAGUAGUAGAUGUCAUCAAUCAGUCUUAAUAAAAAU